CCCUUUGUGGUCAUAAUCCUUUAUUCUCUCUGAGCUCCCCAUGGUCCCUUAGUUACCGUGGCCAUGGAAACACUGCCCGCCGGCCCGGAUCGGACGGCUCGCGCGCUCCCCCUGGAGGCCACCUUCCAUUCCAGCUGAACGACGACUGGACGGGGCUUUAGGACGCGCGCCAGGGACGCCGGGAGUUGUAGGCUAUGAGCAUGGCUGCCCUCGAGCGGUGCACGGUGGGAGCUGUAGUUCCCAGGUCGAGGGGGUUGGAGGCCUCAGACCGAGCUCCGGCCUCCUACGGAUGGCGGCUGCGACACGCAGCUGCCGGCCGUGGGGCUCGCUCCCCGGGCUGCUCGCGCUGGUCUCGGCCGCGGCCGCUUCCUGGGACCUGACUUCGCUGCGCUGCAACUUCGGUUCGUUCUGCGAAUGCGACUUCCGGCCGGACCUGCCGGGCCUGGAGUGUGACCUGGCCCAGCAUCUGGCCGGCCAGCAUCUGGCCAAGGCACUGGUCUUGAAGUCGCUGAAGGCUUUUGUGCAGGACCCGGCCCCAAAGAAGCCACUGGUCCUGUCCCUGCACGGCUGGACCGGCACCGGCAAGUCCUACGUGAGCUCCCUGCUGGCACAGUACCUCUUCCAGGGCGGCCUCCGCAGCCCCCACGUGCACCACUUCUCCCCCAUCAUCCACUUCCCACACCCCAGCCACAUCGAGCGCUACAAGAAGGAUCUUAAGAACUGGGUCCAGGGGAACCUCACUGCCUGUGGCCGCUCCCUCUUCCUCUUCGAUGAGAUGGACAAGCUGCCCCCGGGGCUGAUGGAGGUCCUGCUGCCUUUCCUGGGUGCCUCCUGGGUUGUAUACGGGACCAACUACCGCAAAGCCAUCUUCAUCUUCAUCAGCAACACUGGUGGUGAGCAGAUCAACCAGGUGGCCUUGGAGGCAUGGCGCAGCCGCCGGGACCGAGAGGAGAUUGGGCUGCAGGAGCUGGAGCCCGUCAUCUCCCGGGCCGUGCUGGACAACCCACACCAUGGCUUCUGGCACUCGGGCAUUGUGGAGGAGCACCUGCUGGACGCUGUGGUCCCCUUCCUCCCGCUGCAGCGACACCAUGUGCGACACUGUGUGCUCAAUGAGCUGGCCCAGCUGGGGCUGGAGCCCCAGGACGGGGUGGUCCAGGCCGUGUUGGACAGCACCACCUUCUUCCCUGAGGAGGAGCAGCUCUUCUCCUCCAAUGGCUGCAAGACCGUGGCCUCCCGGAUUACCCUCUUCCUCUGACACUGGCCUGGCAUCCUUGCCUCCUCUACCUGGCCAGGGUCACACAGAAAAGGCCUGGGACCUCCGCUGAGGGACGUUUGUCUCAAGCCUGCUGAGAGUGGGACCCAGAACACAAAGUCAAGAUGAAGAGGGGCUAGGGACAAGGGGCCGGUAGGCCCAGCCUUUGAACUGGUGAGCGGGCUCUGCGGCCUUGGCUCCCUCCUCCAGGGAAACCCCUGGCCACCCUACGACUUCGCCCUGCAGCCUGGGGCUGCUUCUUGUGAAUUGUAACUCAGGGACCACAGUUUGGGGCCGCUCCCUCUGCCCUGGCUCUCUUACCUGAGCCCCUUGCCCCGGUACCAGACCCUACCCCACCCCUCAGCCUCUGUCCCGAGAUCACAGAGGAUCACGGACGGACCCACGCUGCCACCCGCGCCUGAUUUAGACGUUUUCGUUUUUGUAAAUGAACAAAUGCAAUAAAUUGAGCCAUGGGACCACA